CUUUAUAAAAGGGAAGGAGACAAGUUAAUUAAGCCAAUUACUAGAUUAAGUCGGAGAUGGAGAGCUAUCAGGAUAAACGGCCGACAUUUGACAAACCAAAAAAUAUUCAUGAGUGUGCUCAGUCAGGAGAUGUUCUUGGCUUACAAAAGCUACUUCAGGACAACCCUUCUCUGCUCAAUCAAAGAAAUGCCGUUAUGUCAGAGACUCCUCUUCAUAUUUCUGCUAGUUACGACAAGGCCGAAAUAGUUAAAUUUCUGUUGGAAUGGGAAGGAAACGAUAAGGUUGAGUUGGAGGCCAAGAAUAUGUAUGGAGAAACUCCAUUGCAUGUGGCAGCCAAGAAUGGGUGCAAUGAAGCUAUACGGUUACUUCUUUCUCAUGGUGCUCUCGUUGAAGCGAAAGCUAAUAAUGGAAUGACACCACUGCACCUUUCUUUUUGUCACUCAAUCCGAUCAGAAGAUGGCUCAAUCAUCAAGACAUUGCUCGAAAACAACGCUGAUUGCAGCGCUACAGAUAAUGAGGGCAUGACGCCUGUAGAUCAUCUUUCAAAAUGGCCGGAAAGUGGGGAGUGCUUGCGUGAGCUAUUAACAUCGCAUAAUGAAGAGCAGCGAAAGAGAAAGGCACUUGAAUGUUGUGGUGAGGUGAAAGCUAAGAUAGAUGCACUUGAAAAAGAACUGUCAAAAAUUGUUGGUUUGCAUGAGCUCAAGGCACAGCUUCGGAAAUGGGCAAAGGGGAUGAUUUUGGAUGAAAGACGUAGAGCUCUUGGGCUCAAAGUUGGCAAUAGAAAACAUCUUCAUAUGGCAUUCCUUGGCAAUCCCGGAACAGGUAACUUUAAUUUGUUGAUUAAUUGCUUUUUCCAUUUCCAUUCUUUCAACAAGCCAAAUCAUUUAGAAGAGAUGCAAAAAGGAGAUAUAUUAGUACAAUUUGUUGGCGAGACUGGACUCAAGACUAGGGAACAGAUUGAAGAAGCAGAGGGAGGAAUUCUCUUUGUGGACGAAGCGUACCGACUAAUCCCCAUGAACAAGAAAAUAGAAGGAAGCUGGGACUUCGGUUUAGAAGCCUUAGAAGAGAUAAUGUCAGUCAUGGACACUGGAAAAAUUCUAGUCAUAUUCGCAGGCUACAACGAACCAAUGAAACGUGUAAUAUCUUCCAACGAAGGUUUCUGCAGAAGGGUGACCAACAUAUUUUAUUUUAACGAUCUGAGUUGUGAAGAAAUAGCGAAUAUCGUCCAUAUAAAGAUGAACAAUAAUCAGGAGGAUCAAGAUAGCUUGCUUUAUGGGUUUAAACUGCAUUCUUCUUGUAGCAUUGAGGCCAUUGCGGCUUUGAUCGAGAGAGAGACAACGAAGAAGCAGAGGAUGAAGAUGAAUGGAGGGUUGGUUGGUCCGAUGCUUGAUAAUGCUAAGGGGAAUUUGGAUUUAAGGUUGAGUGAUGAUUGUGUAGAUGGUGAUGAAUUGAGAACUAUCAGAUUGGAGGAUUUAGAGGCUGGUCUGAGGGUUUCAUUUCGAUCCAUUGAUGUUUGGGAUCGAUAAAACUGAUUAAUUUAGAAGAAAUAAAGCUAGCUUGAGCGUUUGUAAUCAUUAGUUUCAGUAUUUGAGAUAAUAAAAUUAAUAUAUUAUUUUUCUUUUA